AUGAUGAAUGGCCCAGGGAGAGUCAGUCCUGGAAGUGCAGCCCCAGCAGAAGGGAGAAGCUGCUCCUGGCUGAAUAUCUGGGUCUUUCUUAUUUUUGCUGUUGCAAUCAAAGCUGCCUUUGUGACCAUCUGCCUUGUGGCUUUACUUGAUGGGAGCUCUGGCCAUUACAAGAUUCUCCUCCAGAACUCUACAGACUGGUGCUGUGUCCCCAGCAGUUCUGCAGAGAAAGUGGAUGGCUGGAUGUGCUGCCCAAAGGGCUGGAGAAGGUUUCAAGGAAGCUGCUAUUUCCUGUCCCCUGACACAAUGUCAUGGGCUGAGAGUGCACAGAACUGCACUGGGAUGGGCUCCCAGCUGGUGGUGAUCACCAGCAAGGCAGAGCAGGAGUUCCUCUUCAACUUGACAAAAGAAAAAGCUACUAGCAUCUAUGAAACAAAAUACUACAUAGGCUUAGCUGCUUACAAAAAUGGGAAGUGGCAGUGGGUGGACAAGACUCCAUAUGAGAGAACAGCCACGUUUUGGAAGCCUGGGGAGCCCAAUUUACUCUUUGCAGAAAAAUGUGCUGCAAUUCAUGUCAAGGGAAACACAGACCCCAACACUUACAGUAACUGGAAUAAUGUCCUUUGCAUCACAAGCUGCUAUCGAAUUUGUGAACAGGCAGUCAAACUUCUCUGA